UGGAAUAUUCGUUCAACAUUAAAGCAACGGAUUCUUAGUUUAUUUAAUAUUUUAACCUUAUCAUGGAGGAUUCAGCUGAAUUAGAGAAGUACAUUCGUGGUCUUCUUAAAACCUUUGACGACAGUUCGCUAGAGCAGGAUCCUUUUAAAAAAGUUGACAAUUUACGAAAUGUAACUUCUCAACUUUAUGCAGAGGCUGUGGAGACGAAAGAUGAAAGAUUUGCAAGCUUGCUUUUAAAACAACACUUAGAUGUCUACCAGGAGGCUAUGAUAGAUCCGGAUGCAGUCAAUAACUAUUGCGAAGAUGUAAUUGCCUUACUCGAAACAGGACUGGAUCGUGAUAGACAGGACGACAAUACUGGUUUACCGGAAAUUGCUCUUGGAAACCCAUUAAGUUACCUGACGGAUAAGAGGGAGUGUCAAGGGAAAUUUGAGGAUUGUACUAGCUGGGAAUUAAGCGAUGAGAUUGUAAAAAAGGUUUUUAAACAUGUUGAAAGAAAAGAUUCAACAUUGAAAAAAUCAAAUGCGUACGAACCACCGAAACCGUCGGUUACUGCUGAAGGAUCAUCAAAACUGCCUGGCAUCAGUAGAUUAAAAUCUGAUGCUGUUAAGGAAAUUUCCCGCCGAGUAUUUGCGUCGAACACUUCGGCUUUCACGCCGAAAUUGUUUUCGGCAAAAACUGAUAAGUUUGAUGAUUUAAAAAGCACUGAAGUACCCGGCGAAAGCAGUGACUGUAGGCAAAAUAUUAAUGUCAACUCCUUCAGAACGGCAAAGGACGAAUUGCAAAUGCAGAAUAUAAAGAAAUAUGGAAACAUUAAUCCACCCGGACAGACUCCCCUAUUUUCUUACGGCAAGAAAUCUCUUGGCGGUCGCCGAACACUAGGAAGUAAAUUUGUGUGUCCGAUACGACAGGAAAAUAAUUCCGAGGUACCCAAACCAACCAGCUCACCGGUCUCAUCAAGCCAUAGCCAGAACAGUGAAGAAGAGGAGUUGGACGAACGUUUGCGCCACAUUGAUUCCAAAAUGGUUGAGUUAAUACGCAGUGAAAUUAUGGAUCGAUUCCCACCGCUUUGCUGGGAUGACAUAGCUGGAUUGGAGUAUGCAAAAACAAUUAUACAGGAAGCAGUAGUAUGGCCGAUUUUGAGGCCAGAUAUUUUUACUGGUCUUCGUAAACCACCACGAGGGAUUCUACUGUUUGGUCCUCCGGGAACUGGAAAAACACUAAUCGGCAAAUGUAUUGCCUCUCAAUCGAAAUCCACAUUCUUUAGUAUUAGUGCCUCCUCACUGACCUCCAAAUGGAUAGGCGAUGGAGAAAAAAUGGUACGUGCAUUGUUUGCCGUGGCCGCUGUCCACCAACCAGCCGUAGUAUUCAUCGAUGAGAUAGAUUCGCUUCUUUGCCAACGAUCAGAAACCGAGCAUGAAAGUUCGCGAAGAUUGAAAACGGAGUUUCUUAUUCAGCUUGAUGGUGCCGCUACCGCUGAGGAUGAUCGCAUUCUGAUUGUUGGAGCAACAAAUAGGCCCCAAGAAUUGGACGAAGCUGCUCGGCGACGUCUGGUGAAACGAUUGUACAUUCCAUUGCCAGAAUUACCUGCCAGAGUACAAAUUCUUGGCCGAUUACUGGCUAAUGAAAAGAACUGCCUUACAUCCGAUGAAGUCAAUGAAAUUGGUCAAUUAUCCGAAGGGUUUUCUGGCGCAGAUAUGAAAGUUUUGUGCCAUGAAGCCUCGAUGGGACCAAUCCGGUCUAUUCCAUUCGAUCAGCUUGGACUGAUAAAAAAGGACGAUGUUCGACCUGUUUGCUUUGCGGAUUUCAAGACUGCCCUGGGGCGAGUUCGCGCAAGUGUUUCACAAAACGAUCUAUCCCAGUAUGUUAAUUGGAAUCGUUUAUACGGUUCUGGAACAUCUGGAUAACAGGACACAAGAUACCUUGACGAUCAAGACCCUUGGCUGCAUUCCGAUUGUAACGAAUUGAACGUGAAAUAUAUUAAUAAAAAUCUCAAGCU